AUGUUCUCAAGCAAUCAACAACCAAUUGCUGGGCGAUAUUACGAUAAAUCCAUUCUCUCUCCAAAAUCACAAUUCAGUUACAAGGGUGGAGAGGCAUCAUGUACCUAUAUUUGUCUUGCAGCAGUUGAAUAUUUCCUAAGAAAUUACAAGAGAAUGAGACACUAUUGUUGUGUUAUUGAUGAACAAUUCAUGACCAAGAGUGGUCUACAUCUCGACAAUAGCUUGGAUGCUUAUGUGGAUGAUCUUAAAAAGCAAAUAAUAUCCGAUAUCGAACAUAUCAUGACUGUUGGUGUUUGCAAUGACAGACGAGUGGGAUACACCUCUUGUGACGAAGUAUACAAUAGCGUUGAUCAUUACAAGAAGAACCUUGAACUCAAAUCCAUGUUCAUUGGUAAAUUAAGAGACAGCAAUAUUUUCAUGCAAUUGCUGAAGGAAAUUGAAGUUCACUCAUUGCAAAGUGAGAAACACAUUACAGCUGUUGUAUUGACAAAACCUCCUGAAACCAUUGCCAUCCUACACGAUGGUCAGCACAGUAAUGAAAAAUUCUAUUCUUGGUAUAUAUUUGAUUCUCAUCCUCGAAGAUUUGAAAAAGGAGGUGGAGGUUUCUAUUUGUUUAGAGACAUUCAUGAUGUUGAUAGUCAUUUGAAAGAAUUAUUUUCAACUAGUUCAGUGGAGGUGUACAACAAUGUUUUUAAUGGAGAUUCCUACAAGAUGGCAUCGUAUGCCAUGUACGAAGCUACCAUUGUACAAUUGAAACGAAAAAGUGAAACACAAACUCCUUUACAACAAAAAGAGACUGUCACAACAGCCACUGAUCACAAGGUUCAAACAACAACAACAUGUUCACUACCUCCAAACAAGGACAUGAACCAAACAACACCAAAUCAGUUAUCAACAAACCAAACACCAUCAACACCAUCCAUGAAAAGUGAACACUUUGAAAAGAGGUUGGAAGAAUUGGAAAAUCUCACAAGAAGACAAUCUGAAGAAAUUCAAACAUUAACCAUGUUGUUGGAUGAAGAACGAAAUCAUUCACAACAAUUUCAAAAUGAGAAUAUAAUGCUCAGAAAUAAGAUUCUUAUUCUCAAGCAGCAAAUUGCAAACAAAGGAAACAACCAACCAGUGUUUGAUUUGUUUGACACUUUUUUGAACUAG